AUGCCGAUGUCGGUGAUUGUUAGCGUGCUGUUCGCCGUCCUCUUCAUCAUCCUCACCGUCGUCGGCAUCAUCGGCAAUCUCGUUGUGAUCUACGCGAUCGCCGGCGACGUCAAAAUGCGCAAGUCCGUCAUGAACAUUUUGCUAUUGAAUUUGGCGAUUGCCGAUUUGGCGAAUUUGAUCUUCACCAUUCCCGAAUGGAUAUCGCCGGUGUUCUUCGAGAGCUCCGAUUGGCUGCUGCCGUCGUUCAUGUGUCCGGUGUGCCGCUAUCUCGAGUGCCUCUUUCUGUUCGCCUCGAUCUCGACACAAAUGAUCGUGUGCAUCGAGCGCUACAUCGCGAUCGUGUUGCCGAUGCAGGCGCGACAUUUGUGCUCGCGUCGCAACGUCGUCAUCACAAUCAUUCUCGCGUGGGCGUUCGUCGCGAUGUUCGCGAGCCCCUACGCCGUGUGGCAUUCGGUGAGGACGACGGUCUGCUCGAAUGCGGCCGGCAAAUCGAAUUGGUGGCAGACGUUCAAACUCGUCGAGUUCCUCGCCUUCUAUUUUGUGCCGUGUUUGAUCAUCAUUGGCGUUUACGCCAAAGUCGCCACCGUUCUUUGGUCGAAUGAUCCGCGAUUGGGAAAUGAGACGCGCAAUUGCGUCGAAAAACCGGCACGGAAUUCCGACGCGCUUCGAACGCGUCGAAAUGUGGUGAAGAUGCUCAUCGCGUGCGUGACAGUGUAUUUCAUCUGCUACUCGCCAAUUCAAAUCAUCUUCCUUUCCAAAGCCGCUCUCAAUGUCACGAUUCAUCCGCCGUACGAGUUCAUCUUGCUGAUGAAUGCUCUCGCGAUGACGUGCUCGGCAAGCAAUCCGCUUCUCUACACGCUAUUCUCGACGAAAUUUCGCAGAAGACUUCGCGACGUGAUCUACUGCAAUUCGAAGUUGCGCAUUCAGAAGGACAAAGAGCUGGUGAAGAAGAGCUACAUAUCGAUUAACAACUCGACGAUAACUGCCACACGGGCUAGUUUCAAUUGA